CACAACUGGCUCACCUACACUCCUCUCUUGUUAGCAUACUAAGCUAAUCAUCGGUCUUUGUGAUUUCUCAUCCUCUGGAUUGUUAUCAAUGGAGACACAGGUAAGCGCACUAGGGAGGACGCUCCUCGUGCCAUGUGUUCAGGACAUGCUGAAGGAGAACCCGACCAAAGUCCCGAAGAGAUACGUCCGCGACGAUCAAGAAUCUCCCGUGAUCACCGACGCUUGUUCCGGCUUGCCUCAAGUCCCCGUGAUCGACUUGGGGAGGUUGGUUUCGGAGGACGGUGCAGAGCCGGAGCUCGAGAAGCUGCACCAUGCGUGCAAAGACUGGGGCUUCUUUCAGCUGAUAAAUCAUGAAGUGAGCCCUAAGUUGCUAGGGAAAGUGAAGAAGGGGAUCGAAGAGCUGUUCAACAUGCCAAUGGAAGAGAAGAAGAAGUUUUGGCAGAGAGACGGAGAAUUGGAGGGCUUCGGACAGGCCUUUGUGUUCUCGGAAGACCAAAAGCUUGAUUGGGCUGACCUGUUCUACGUCAACACCCUCCCUGCUUCUCUCAGGAAGCCUCACUUGUUCCCCAAACUCCCUCUUCCCUUCAGAGGCGAUUUGGACACCUACUCAAAGGAAAUGCAAACCCUAGCCAUAAAGCUCCUCUACCUCAUGGUGAAGGCUUUAGGAAUGGAGGCAAAGGACCUCGAGGGGAUGUUUGAAGACGGGUUGCAAGGGAUGAGGAUGAACUAUUACCCACCAUGUCCACAACCUGAGCUCGUGAUAGGCCUAAACUCUCACUCCGAUGCUGACGCGAUCACCAUUCUCCUCCAGGUCAACGAAAUGGAGGGCCUCCAGAUAAGGAAAGAUGGAAAGUGGAUUCCUGUGAAACCUCUCCCUGGUGCUUUCAUCAUCAAUAUAGGAGACAUUGUUGAGAUUAUCACGAAUGGGAUAUACCAGAGCAUCAACCAUCGAGCGACAGUGAAUGCAGUGAAGGAGAGGAUCUCCAUUGCAACGUUCUUCAGUCCGAGAAUCGAUGCUAAGAUUGGUCCCACGCCGAGCCUCAUAACCCCGGAGACCCCAGCAUUGUUCAGGAGGACAACGGUGGCAGAACAUCUGAAGGGCUAUCUAACAAGCGAGCUGAAGGGAAAAGCUCAUCUUGACGCUAUGAGGGUUAGGCACGAGGAACCCUCGAAGAGCUGAGUUAUCUUUUGAGCAUGAAUGUGAAAAUGGUGACACGCAGAAUGGUCAUGAAACCAGACUAUAUGAUAUGGGUUUUGUAUCUCGUGGAGGUCCUUUUUGAGGAAGACAAUAACGACUUCAAAAACUUGCUGUCAGUCUCAUCUCUUGCUUAUCUGAACCAUCAAACAGUCUUGUGAA